CCUUCGCCUGCCGAAGUGAAGCCGGCCAAAAACUUCCAAGUUCUGUUCUGCAUCUCAAUAUCGCGACGCCUCCCCACCAUUUCACUUCACAUCUUCCACCAGCCAGCCAGCCAGUUACUGCCCAACAUGUCUGACAACGGUGAGAUCGAGGUCGAGUCCAGCACCUACCAGGUCCUUCCCAAGGACGUCGUUGCCGAGGUUGGAAGCAUCAAGCUGUUCAACAGAUGGAGCUAUGAGGAUGUUGAGAUCCGUGACAUCUCGUUAACCGACUACAUCCAGAUCCGAUCACCAGUCUACGUACCUCACUCUGCUGGCCGAUAUGCCGCCAAGCGAUUCCGCAAGGCCAACUGCCCCAUCAUUGAGCGUUUAACCAACUCGCUCAUGAUGCACGGCCGCAACAACGGCAAGAAGCUCAUGGCUGUCCGUAUCGUUGCCCACGCUUUCGAGAUUAUCCACCUCAUGACCGACCAAAACCCUAUCCAGAUUGCCGUUGACGCUAUCGUCAACUGCGGCCCCCGUGAAGACAGCACACGUAUUGGUUCCGCUGGUACCGUCCGACGACAAGCCGUCGAUGUUUCUCCUCUGCGUCGUGUCAACCAGGCCAUCUCUCUCCUUACCACCGGUGCCCGGGAGGCUUCUUUCCGCAACGUCAAGUCCAUUGCCGAGUGCCUUGCUGAGGAGCUUAUCAACGCUGCCAAGGGUAGCAGCAACUCGUACGCCAUCAAGAAGAAGGACGAGUUGGAGCGUGUCGCCAAGAGCAACCGAUAAAGCAAGGUGGCGAUCUCUUUCUGGGUUUUCUUCGGCGUGGACGAUCUGGGCAUUUUACACUGUGCAUUUGUGCGUUCUGGCUUAGGCGGGAUGUGGUAUCAUGGCAUGAUAGUCAUAUAGAGCGUAUCAAUACAGCUCUGCCUAGGAGGGCAAAAAAAUGAACUCAAAAUUACGAACUUCAACGAACUUGUCUACCAACCACGGUGGUUAUGAACUAGUGAGCUGGGUUCUUGGAGUACGGGAAUGUCUGAUAAUUUCUACUGUAGGCUAUCGGAUUGAAAUUAGAACAGAACAACCCACAGCAUCGUCACGAUGAGAAGAUGCCGAGUACAUGGAAAUUUAUUAUUUAUUGUGCCAAC